UGACAUUGACUUUUCUAAAACAAAUAUUGUGUUUAUCUGAACAAGUUGUUUGGGUCAUUUAAUUUAUAAAACAUCAAGAAUUAACUCAGAUAAUAUUAUGCAAGGCAUAAAUCGUAUUAAGACUUAACAAUGCUGCGGUCUAUUUGUUUCAAGAACUUCGUAAGGUUUGAAGAAUAUCAGUUGCUUGACUUUUCGGAAAGUGGACCUUUCAUUUUCAUAGGUGAAAAUUGUUCGGGAAAAAGCUCUGUUUUUGAAGGUAUCCGGCGAUGUUUGAAGCUGCAGUACAGUUCAUCAAUAUCUUCAGUUUAUGAUUCAAACCAACCAUCAUAUUUCAUUUGCAACUUUGAAACAGGUUUCACUGAAGAUAUUGAAAAUAAUAUAAUAUGCGGUAUAGUUUUACUUCCACCGACAAGCCAAAAGCACAAAGAGUGUGAUGAAGAUAUCGAAAAACCAAAUUCUGAAAAUGAGAUGAGUUGUGGAGAGAAACCAGAUAGAAAACGAAAGAAACGAAAAAAAUCAAGCAGUGUAGAAGAAACACCGAUUCCAAAACAAAAACGUCAAAGAAAAUCAAGUUUAAAGAAUGAAAAGGGGCUUAGUGUAGAACGAACCUCAACGAACAAAAAAACAUCGGAUCGAUUUUGUAGUGGAGAAAAUGUUAAGCAAUAUAAUCCAGUAAGACAAUAUAAUACAACACGCUAUUACAAAUUUGCAAUGAAAUGCGCUGAAUGUGAUCCAGUGUUUAUCAAUUUAGUUGAUAAAUCUGAAGAUGGAACUAAUCUUAUUAUAUGUAAAAGGUAUAAAAUAAGUCCAACUGACAAUAAACAAGCACAUAAACAAUUCAAAAGCACAAUUUUAGAACAAAAGUCAGAAAGCAUUGGUGUAGACAAUUAUAUACAAGCAAUUUUUAAAAGUAUCGACGAAAUGCAAGAGGAUAUAAGCGAAGGAUUAGAGUCAAUAUUGGACCCGUUAACGAAAGAUCUUAUUUUCACAUUCCCUUUACGCUCGGUUGGGCCUUUACAAUGGUCUGAAAGUAAACGCAUUGCAAGUGAAUAUCGGGAGAGAAAUUAUACUGAAGCUGAAAACAGGUGUGAAAUUAUAAAAUACUUCCUCGAAGACAAUGGCGAAAAAUUUGACAAAGAAAAAGAAGAAGAAUAUUUUAAACAGCUAACACAGAUUGACGAUUACCACUUUACGCUUGAAAAUGGCAAGAUCAACUUACCAAAGGGUAAAUUUGCUUUGCUGAAAACGCCAGAAGGAAUCUUAGAAGCAAAAGCAUUUUCUAUUAUAAUAUCAAGUAAACAAUACAAGACCAUUUUGCUUGAGGAACCAGAUAGAGGAAUGCAUCCGCAAUUCGUGGAAAGAAUGACACAAAUAAUUAAUCAAGAGAAUAAAAGUAAACGUGUUCUACUCAUUACACACCAGAAAGGAUUUAUUACACCUCGAACAGUAUCUGAUACAUUCAUCUUCAGGUGUUCUGGAACAAGUCAUCGAAUCAUAUCUGGCAAGUCUAUUCUUGAAAACGACGCAAAUAUGAAGAAAUUGCGAUUGUUGACAUCGCAUCAUAUACCUGACAUUUUCUUCGCUCGAAAAGUUCUAUUUUAUGAAGGUGACUCAGAAGAACUGUUUCUAGGAGAACUUAAGAGCCAAAUUCUUUCUGGAGAUUGUAGUGUUACUUCAAAAUUAUUUGAAAAAGAUGAUGCUGUACUAUUAAACAAACAGUUGAAGAAAUGUCUUAUUGAAUAUACUUUUAUUAAAAUGAAUAGUAAAGACAAUCGUAAAUUUUACCAAUCAAUAUGUGAACGACUAAAGCUAGAUCAUUUAGUUCUUGUAGACAGAGAAGCUGUAGCAUACAUGCUAGCGGAUCGCAAACCAAGAAGAGAAAAGGAAAACGAAAGAUUAAAGAAAAGAUCACGAGAAGAAUGGAAAAAUAUCAGAAGGGACAUAAAAGAAGAACAGAUCUUUUUCUGGUUAGAUGGUAAUAUAGAGGAUAUGGUUUUUGCAAUGUGUGAAAAUAACAGCAGACUAGAAAGAGAUCUUGCCGAUCAGAAAGUGAAACGUGGAAGACGGAAACUUUUUCUUCACGAAAGUGUUAAAUGCAGUCAUAUAACAGAAAGUGUAAGACUCCUUCUUGAUAAUUGCAAACCAGAACACGAUCUCGCUGCAUUUAUCAAAAGGCUAAUGGAAUAACUAUUUAUGCACAAUAUUCAUAAUUACUUUCAAUAAUCUUUACAAAAAAGCAAAAAAAUGUCAAUCUGAGGUUCGAUGUUCAUGCCGUGUGAAUGUUUUAAAAUUAAACAGAUGCCAAUAUUGAAUGAAGCCACGACAUGUUUACAACAUGACGUCAUUUGUUUUAACAAUAAUAAUAUUUACUUGUAACACCGCAAUGGUCAUUUACAUGUGCCGUUUAUUAUUGGCGUUUUCAGGAUUUUUAAUUACAUAAUGUAAUUAAAGAUCUACGAUGUGAUGUUAUGUCUACGUGUCUCAUUCACAUUGUUACAUACGCAUGCAUGUAUAUAGUAUAUAAGGCAAAUACUAGCGUCACGUAAGCGUGACAAUCCUUUUUUAUUUUGUUAUGUUUGACGCCAUUUAUAUGCGCUGACUUCCGAAAAUCAGGAAUUAAACAACGUUAUUGAAGAACCAAAAUUUUGAUUAUUCAGUGUUUACACAAUACACAUAGCACUCCAGUUUCUUGUUUUCAAUCUUUAAUGCAGAUAUUGCUAGAAAAUUUAUAUAAAUGCACAGAAAAAUAAAAAAACAGAGAUGAAUUAAUAGGCAAAGUUUUGCUAAAAAUACAUUUAUAACCAGCACUGAUGUGUACAAAAAUCAGGAAAAUGUAGGUAAAUUGAAAUGCUCGCCCAUAUGCUUCUUUGCGGGGACAAGGGAAACAACAUGAAGUACACAAAACAUCAUUAUUAAUCCCACAUGGAUUUCAAGUUUAGAAUUGAAAACUAGAUUUCUUUUGAUAUACUUGAUACAUAAGCUCCAGUUUGAGCAGAUUCUAACCUCAACUUCUAAUAAAUGUAUUAGAGCCAAAUACCUCAAAUGAUCGAAAAUAUAAAACAAAAACAGUAAGGUAAAGUAUAAACAACAUUUUACAUUUGCCAUACAUUAAUUUUGUAAGCUAUUUCAAUGUCAGAACGAAUUUCAGAGAUAGACGUACAUAAUAACAUCAGUUUUAUUUUAGAUAUAUACGUACAUUACAAGUUCUGCUUUAAUCUAGAACAACUACAACGUUCUGCUUCAAUUCCCAACAACCGCAAAUACAAACAUUAUAUUGUGAAAACCUAGAGAGUUUGUCUAUCUUUAUUUUUUGGUGGCUAAAGGUUAGCACGCACAGUCAUUCAUUCGCCAGCUAUUUAUAUAUAUAGACUCAUAAAAAGACAACAGAUAAAGGUUCACUGUCAAAUUUUAAGACAAUGUUUUGUGGCUAUUUUAUAAAGUCAAAUUAUUUAUAAAUUAUAGUGUCAAUGAGAAAUUCAAGCCUAAUUACACAUGUCGAAUGAACGUCAA